AUGGACCCACAAUCGUCCACCAAAACGGACCCGCCGCUUUUUCCCAGUUUCCAUCUUCCUCAAAAGCGCGCAUCAAGUCUCCUUCCUUUCCACCAUUCCCUCUACUCCCUCCCUCUCUCUCUUCAAGCACUAUACGCCCGUAUCUCAUCGUCGUUCCAUGCAAUGCCCCCCGCGCCGCGUGACAUCAAUAAACCGCCUCCUCGUCCACCGAACGCUUGGAUUCUCUAUCGCUCAGACAAGUUGAGAUCACUCCCACCAGCAAAGAAGGGUGAAAGCAGAAUCCAAGGACAUGUAUCGAAGAUCGUCUCGUAUAUGUGGAACAACGAAUCAGAACAAGUUCGUUCAGAGUAUGAGCGUCGUGCAGAUGCCAGGAAGGCCCAGCAUCAGCUCAUGUACCCAAACUACAAGUUCCAACCGAUGAAGAAGGAGGAAAAGGAUCGUCUUAAGGAAAAGAAAAAGGCGGAGAAAGAAAGUAGAAAGAAAGGGAAGACUCGUUCAGCGCCGUAUUCCAUCAACGCCGUCGGGCGACGUUCGCCUCCUGCCGUACCACACCCCUACGCGAUGCCAGCCUACAACCCCGAAGCUAGAUUCGGUCCACUUGGACCUUCCCCGCCAGUUUCAGCUGCACCUUCGCCUAGUGACACUAGCUCACCCCAAGCGGGACCCAGCGAGUCAUCUUACACGCACUCAUACUCAGCAUCAGCUCAAGGAUCUACUCACGCGUCUCCCAGCCCAGACGCCAUUCCCAACUCACUAUCCAAAUACCCUCUCCCCAUCGACCCAGCCUACGAAGCGUUUUUCGCGUCUUUGGCGCAAGCGCCACAACCUCACAUGCAGACGGCACAGCUCCCUGUCCCCUUGAUGUCUCAACCUCCCGUUGCACCGAUACAGUGGGAUCCUCAGCAAUUUAUGCUACCGCAACCGUCAGCAGCUGCAGUUACUGCCCCCACCCCUGAGUGGACAGAGUAUGAUUCCAGCCAGAGCCAGCCUCGACUUGAAUCACAAAGUUCUCAGAGCCCAGAGGAAUUUUUGUCGUUUGAUUUCUCGUCCUUUGGUAACCAGAGCAAUAUCCUCGGCUGGUCUCCCAGCAACCCAGGAGAUGAAUUUAUUGCUCAAGACUCCAUGCAGGCAUUGCUAUCUGCGACAGGAGAUCCAUCGAUUUUCCAACUCGAUGACUUCGAUCCCCAAAUGCUUUUGGCGAACCCUCUCGGUGAACUUGAGGUCGCAAUGGGUCCGCAACCGCAGCAACUUCUGCAGUCAUACUUUGACAGCCAAGAUCUGUUUGGGAAUUUCGACCUAGCGAAUGCUUUUGCCGAUGCCCCAUCCUUGUCGCAGGAACUGCAGAGCGCGACUAUCGACCCCAGGCAGACCCUCACGUCAACGUCAUCGGAGACUUCGACUCAGGAUAUCGCAUCCCUGUUCACGACCAACGCUCCAGAGUCGGUGAAGCAGCGCCAAGUCAGUAUGUUCACGCAAGAGGUCAUGCAGUACCUCAACUUCGAGGCCAUGGAGGGAGCUGGGUCGAGCACUCAGCAGGAUAAUACAAGUAUGAAGCCAUCGCCUCCACACCACAGGCAGCUAACGCCCGUCUUAGAACCAGUUUCGACCAACACAUAUGUUCAGUCACACGGUUCAUCGGGCCCUUCAGCUGGAGUGAUUCACUCCUCUGCGCGUCGCGUCGCGUCCAACUGGAAGCAUCCCGUCAUCCAAGAGUCUCCAUUGGAGCAUGCUUCCCAGUGCGACCCCUGGAAUUUGGUUCACGGUCUCGUCGUUUCUUCUGCUGUUAGCCUUGUACUGUUUUCGUCCGCCCGCUCCUCCAUCGUCGUCAUCGUCAUCCCUAUUCACCCAUCCUCUAUCCAUCCUCUACCCUCUUCUCCCGUCCUCCUCCCCUCUCCCUCAACAAUUGUCGCACCUGCUGUCCCUGUCGUCGCUACAUCUCCCAAAGGGCUCUCACACUAUCAAAGAUAA